AGAGGUCUUUCUGUAGUCAACUUCCGGAAAUCUGACGUGUACAAAAGUCAAACAGCAACACGCAGCAUCAGCUGUUAGGUUAGAAAACACAGGAGCUCUCUCUAUUAUCGUUUUUAUUUUGUUUUUCUUCUAAAUAUACUGUAACUUCGAGCAACAAGAACCGAAAAGAUGCUGGAUUUGUUCACGAUAUUUAGUAAGGGUGGCAUCGUCUUAUGGUGCUUCCAAAGUACUUCACAAAUCUUUACCCCAAGUGUUAAUGCAUUGAUACGCAGUGUUAUUCUACAGGAGCGUUCUGGCAACAAUAUAUUCGAUCAUGAUUCACUGCGGCUACAAUACAAGCUUGACAAUGAAUUCGAACUGGUAUUCGUUGUCGCUUAUCAAAAAAUAUUGCAAUUGUCAUAUGUAGAUAAAUUCUUGAAUGAUGUGCACUUGGAAUUCAGGGAUCGUUUCAAAAAUGAAUUGCAAACAUCUCAGUGGUUCUCGAAUUAUGAUUUUCAUGAUGAUUAUGAAAAGAUCCUUGUUUCUGCUGAACAAUGGGGCAAACAGCAGGCAAAAAUGCCCAGACAAAUGCGUACCUUCGACGAAAGUCUCAAGUCCAAGAAAACUGUAGCUAGUAUGAUAGAGAGAAAAGACGAUAAAGAUACAAAAAAACAAGGGAAAAAGAAAAAAGGGCUUGGAGAGGAUAACUGUUUAAAAAUACAAGAACCUCCGAAAUCGGAGGCAGUAAUAAAAGAACCGGUUAUCGAAGAAAAUGGCGAUGCAGAGUGUGACGUAUUUCUCGCAAAUCGUUUACGUCUUGCACAAAAAAUGGGAGGACCAAAGAAGAAGGCUGACAAGCAAAAAAGUCCAAAACCUGAAAAAGUUGGAAAGAAACCUCGGGUCUGGGAGCUUGGUGGAACUAACAAAGACUUGGCAAGCCUUGAACGUACCAAGGACAGACCUGAAGAGGCCGGGGAAUAUGUGCAAGCCGAUACGACGUUAAUCGGCAAAAUGAAAGGAGGUAUUCGUGAUUUAGAAGUGGAGAGUUCGUCCGAGGAGGAAUACGAGGAGGAACAUAAUCAAGAGAUGCAAACCACGAAACCUCAAGCUGUGAAAAAAUCGAGCGGUAUGUUCUCGAUGCUGAAGGGUUUAGUUGGCAACAAGUCUUUGAAGCACGAGGACAUGAUUCCGGUACUGGAAAAAAUGAAAGAUCACUUAAUCGCAAAAAAUGUAGCUGCUGACAUUGCCGUUAAACUUUGCGAUUCAGUGCGAGCUAAGCUCGAGGGAAAAGUUCUUGGAACUUUCGACAGCGUCGCCAACACCGUUAAAACUACUCUUACCGAAGCACUCGUUCAAAUACUGUCACCGAAAAGGCGCGUUGAUAUUCUCAGAGACGCUUUUGAGGCUAAGAAAAAUGGUCGUCCUUAUGUCAUGUCGUUCUGUGGUGUUAACGGCGUCGGUAAAUCAACUAAUCUCGCGAAAAUUUGCUUCUGGCUCAUUGAAAAUAACUUUCGCGUUCUCAUUGCCGCCUGCGAUACAUUCCGAGCUGGUGCCGUUGAACAGCUCAGAACUCACAUGCGCCAUUUGAAUGCUCUUCAUCCGCCUUCUAAGCACGGGAAUUUGACGAUGGUUGAACUUUACGAGAAGGGCUAUGGGAAAGAUGCUGCUGGAAUCGCCAUGGAAGCGAUUAGAUUCGCGAAAGACUCAAAAUUUGACGUCGUUCUUAUCGACACCGCUGGAAGAAUGCAGGACAACGAGCCGCUCAUGAGAGCACUCACGAAAUUGAUCAAAGUCAAUGAACCCGAUCUUGUUCUCUUCGUCGGAGAAGCUUUGGUCGGAAACGAAGCUGUUGAUCAACUCGUUAAAUUCAAUCAGGCACUCGAGGAUUACAGCAAUUCUACAAAUCCUCAUAUCAUCGAUGGUAUCGUCCUCACCAAAUUUGAUACGAUCGAUGACAAGGUAGGUGCAGCCAUAUCGAUGACCUACAUAACUGGGCAGCCAAUCGUAUUUGUGGGAACGGGUCAAACGUACACCGAUCUCAAAUCGCUCAACGCAAAAGCUGUCGUACAUGCUCUUAUGAAAUAAUUAAAACCUGGGCUGUUCGUGAAACGGGAAGAGAAGCAAAGGAGACAAAAAACGACACGUGCAAAAUAGAACGAAAGAGCUAUUUGUCGUGUAGUUUGUAUUUAUUGUAUACAUAUAUAGAUUGUUUUAUUCAGAUGAAUUUUAUAGAAGACACACUCAAAAUUCCAACUAUUAAACUCUAAAUAUUUAAACGAAAUUUCGUUUGAGGGUUUCUGGUUUGUAUAUUUACGAGAAGAAAUUAAAUUGGACGGUAUCGAAUUUCUCCAAUCA